AUGACUCCCCCUGUAACACUCCCUAAAAUCUCAUGGGCGCCGCGGUCCGCAGUACCGAUCAACAGACUUGGCUUCAUCACACCUAAGAGCGAGCCAUCUAGCUCCUCGAAAGGGACCAACUGGGCAGAAGUGCUGGGUCAGGUCAGCAAAUUGUACAGCUACCAACGGAUAUCCAAGGAUCGCGUUCGUCUGCUACUGAUCAAGCCUGGCACGUUCGAAGAGCAGAUAAAUGCUUCAUUGCUGGUGGUCAGCGAUGAUCAGCUCGGGAGUGAAUCGUUCCCUUAUUCAGCCCUUUCGUAUAACUGGGGCAAUAGCGAGGAUGAUUGUACCAUCGUUAUUCAAGACGACCCAGCAUCGUCACCCGUCAAGUCCAUAGACGAGGCAGUAGACGUGCUCCGAGUGGUUACGCAAGAUAAGAUGAUGAAGAUCAAGCCCAACCUCUACGAAGCUCUACGGCAUCUUCGAAAGGAGAAUCAGAUCGUCGCGCUUUGGGUGGAUGCGCUGUGCAUCAACCAGUUCGAUAUCAACGAGAAAGAAGAGCAAGUGCUGAAAAUGGCACAAAUAUAUCGCAAAGCGUACAACGUGAACGUAUGGCUCGGCUCUGCCAAUCCUGGCGACUUGGUCUCGAAUAGGGCUAUGGCUUUCAUUCCCAAGGUCAUCAAUCCAGACAACCAUGCCGCACUUUUGGCAAACGACGCCUACAUAGAAGAUUGGGCAAGCCUGUACGAACUUCUUAAAUGGAGCUGGUUUUCACGACGCUGGGUCAUACAAGAGCUGGCGUUCGCUCAAUCCGCUUCAGUCCACUGUGGCAAGCAUGUGCGAGAUUGGAGCGACUUUCAGACUGCCAUCGCUAUCUUCCACCGACACUUCGAUGGACUAAAAGCCCGACUCAUGAUGCAUUAUGAGUCCUCUCAAGUCAAGCGCAGCCACCAGGAUGAUGAUUCGACUCUUGAGAUAGAGCACCUUGGUGCAAAACUACUUGUGGAUAUGACAUCAACCUUGUUUCGCAAGCGACCCGACGGUUCUCUUGAGUCUACGAGAGGCUUAGAGAACUUAGUAUGCUCUUUGUCCGGCUUCGAUACAUCUGAUCCCCGCGACACGAUCAAUGCCUUCAGGAGCAUAUCUAAGGAGAUGAACAGAUACGACCAGCGUGUUGCAGGAGCUCAUAAUCCACCACCUGCGCCGAAUUACGGCAAGGAUCUUUUCGAGAUCUACCGCGACUUUGUCCAAUGGGUCGUAAAGACCACAGGAUCCUUGGACAUAAUUUGUCGCCACUGGGCCUUGAAGGAACGCAAAGAGCCAACACCAACGACCCCUCGUCUGGUUCAACUACCUUCUUGGAUCCUUUUCGUGGAGGACUCUGCCUGGGGAAAGGGUGAAGAUCUUUUUCGCGGCCGGAAGGCUGGCGAUAGCUUUGUUGGGCUACCCGGCAGCAACAACUACAACGCCUGCGGUAGUCAUCGCAAGCACGCUGUUGUUGAGUUUCCCCAAAGCCCCAUACACCACGGUUCGACUGCAUCAACCCAGGUCACCCACGAUAUGUCGAUGCGUGUGAAGGGUGUCAUGAUAGGCACAGUCUCGUUCCGCACCGAUCCAUUCCCCGAUGGUGUCAUCACUAGGGACUGUCUAGAAGGUCUAGGCUGGCGCUUCGAUAAAGAUGCGAAAGAGAUUGACGAAGUUCCCGCUCAGUUAUGGCAAACACUUGUUGCGGACCGCGACCCAUAUGGAAACGCACCUCCUCAUUGGUACAAGGCAGCAUGCCAACACUGUCUUAGCUACCAAACAAACAACGGUCACAUGAACAUCAGCACCAUAUUACGUCGCAACCUCCAAGUCGGUUUCCAGAACAUAGUACACGAUUAUCUUCGUCGCGUCCGUGCUGUGACCUGGAACCGAUCUUUUCUCAAAGGUGACCCUAUCUGUAACGCCACUUCCGGAACUUGCGAACCUUAUCAGCAUGAUAAACUCGUUGGCUUUGGACCACCCAAGACCGAAAAGGGGGACGUUAUCGCCAUUCUAUAUGGCUGCAGCGUUCCUGUAGUUCUCCGGCCUACCGAAAGCAGCUCGGGUGAACACCUUGGUUAUCGAUUCGUUGGCGAGGCUUACAUCUACGGUAAGAUGGAUGAUGAAGCUUUCGGCGUCCAUUGCAAAGAGGAAACUUUCAAGCUACUUUGA